CAAAAAAUACAUUUGUGAAGCGCAUCUCUUCUGAUAUUGCAUCAUCAUGAGUAGUGGCGCAACCACCACAGUUUCCCCACAGGAACCACAGGCUUUCAAACGGGCUGUGCGAAAGAUAAAAUGUGCUGCUAUGGUGGCCAACUUGGCUAAAAGCUGGCAGGGAUGGGUCAAUGAACACACAGACAAGCAAGACACCAUCCCAUGUGGCUGGAUGCCUUCAUCUCUUGAGGAGGAUGACAAAAAAGAACCCAACCAUGUGGUCAAGCUUAGCAUUACUCCAAGAGUUAUUGCAGCAGAUUCUAGCGACACCAGCGGGAGUAAAAUACGAACUUGCUCUGUGACCAAGACCGUCCAGCCAAAACGCAGCGAAUGCAGCAGCAGGAACUUUAUCAGCACCAUCCGAAACAAGAUGGAGUCAGGUCCAGAGGAGAGUAAACCAUUCCUUGGCAACGAGUCGCCAACACGGAGGCGCCAGAUGAGAGCGUUGCAGAAUUCAGAAGGAGGAGGAAUCAUCCAGGACAGGAAGUUGAUGCUGCAGGAGAAGAAGUUUGAGUCCAGAAGCAGCAGUGUGGACACAGAAGACAGCGGACUGGGGGAGGACAGCGGGCUCAGCGACAACAGUGAAUCAAAAACUGAACAGAGUGACGUCCAACCCAAAACACAGACCAACAAGCCCAAGAUUAAGGUUGCCACUAUGAAUGACAUCAAAAGCCGCUGGCAGCAGUGGUCCGAGCAACACAUGGAAGGCCAGAAGCUCAACCCCUUCAGUGAGGAGUUUGACUAUGAGUUCGCCAUGGCCCAGCGUCUCCGCAAAGGUGACUCUGGCUAUGGUCGACCCAAAGAUGGCUCCAAGACUGCUCAAAGGGGUGACCGGGCCCAGAAGCACAUCCACAGGGAGAUGGAGGAGAUGGUGUGGAUUAUCAGAGACAUGGGCUCCAAAGACAAAGAAGGCCGCACAAUCAUUACGUUUGGACGGCUCUUCGACCGCUACGUGAAGAUCUCAGACAAAGUGGUCGGCAUUCUGCUGCGCUGCCGCAAACACAAAAUGCUGGACUUUGAAGGCGAGAUGCUGUGGAAAGGACAGGAUGAUGACAUCAUCAUUACACUGAGGGAUGAAGGACAGACACAAAACUCCACCUCAGCUCAUCCAGAUGAAUGACAAGUGACACCAACCAGUAUUUGUACACAUGAAGAAUGAGAAAUAUAUUAAAUUAAAAUAUAAAACUGCAUUAUUAUGGUUCAAAGAUAAGAUUGUGCUAAGGAUACACACAACUAAAAUUAAUGUAGUAAAAGUACUCAGGAGUAAGCAGAAACAAAUCAUUCUCUUGUUUGUGUUGAAAAUGUCUGAUAUAUUACCAAACAUUUUUAUCACCAACAUUUACAUAGACUACACACAGACACACUCACUCUCCUCCCAGACUCAUUAGUUCCUUAUAUACCUGACAGAUCAGACAGUGAAGGGUAGCUAUCUUUAGCAUGCUAACCAUGCUUGCCUUGCUAACUAUGCUUCAUGCUAGACGCCUUAAGUAUCCACCACAAUGUCAGCCAUGCUAAAAAGCUUUACUCCAACUGCUGCUAAAAAAACACAAACCCAACUCUGAUUUAAUCCAAGAAAAUAACUUCAAGAUACUCUAAGAAAAAAUUAGCUAAAAGCAAGAAAACCAUUUUGACUAUGUUGUUGUAAUUAGCCAAUAAAAGUAGCAAAAAAUGUUACGUGUAAAACAAAGAAACUGCAGUAACCUAAUAAGACCAAAACUUUUUAUUAUGUUUGUUUGUCCUAUUUAUGCCUUUUGAUCUUUUGGUAGGAGAGCUUAGAUAAAUUAGCCAACUAAGGCUGAACAGCAAGUUAUAGCCAAGAACAAAGACAAAAAACUGCUAUCACAAGUUUGAUUAGCAAGUCUUUUGUUGCAGUACCUGUAGAUAGAAAUGUCUUCCACAUAUGUGCUCACACUUUUACCGACAGGAGGAAGUAUAAUUUUGCUGAUCACCUGUUAUUUCAGUUAAAAGCAGUCUUGUAAGGCAAACAUUUUAUGUACUGGACUGCUUUAAACUUCUGUGUACUCUCCAGUGAAAUGAUUGGUUAAUAUACUUUUAUUUGUCUGGAAAAUAAUUUUGUCAUAUGAACUCACAUGUUUGGGUUCUAAAGGAAAAUGACAAUAAGGUGAUGGUAAUCAACAUCAAUACUAAUCUUAAUUAUAGAGUUUAACUGCUGGCAAAUGCUUGUGUAUCAGGUGUAACAUGAGGUCGUUUUUAAAAACGUUGUGUAGUGAAAUGUAUUUGAAC